UGGGCCACCGGGGACCGGCGGCCGCGAAUCUGCCCCGACGCGAGCCGCGGCGAAGGUGUCGGCCCUCUCUGUAGUGUUAUUCCUCUGAUGGAAUGAAUGGGCUCUGGCUGCUCUUUAGAUCUGAGUCAACAAAAAUCACAUGGAAAACGUAAAAUGGGGCGUCUCUGAAGCAUGGCAGCGAAGUGGAAUGGUGGCCAUUCCUCCUCCGUCCUGUGCCUGGACGUGAGCGCGGAAGGGCUGGUGGCCUCCGGCGCGGAGCGGGGCGAGCUGGCGCUCUGGGAUGGGGGAGGCUCGCCCGUGGCUCAGCUGCGGCUCCCGCAGGCGGAGGACGUGACCUCGGUGGUGUUCUCCGCCCGCCGGCCCGGCACGCUGUACGCCUCCCACGGGGAAACCAUCAGCGUGCUGGAUGUCCGCUCCCUGCAGGAGCCCCUGCAGCGCUUCCACGUGAACGAGGAGGAGAUCAACUGCCUCUCCCUGAACGACACCGACGGCUUCCUGGCCGCGGCCGAUGACUCGGGGGCGAUAAAGGUUGUGGACUUGGAAAGCCAGAAAGUCAGCCGGUCCUUGAGACACUCCAACAUCUGCUCGUCUGUUGCCUUCCGGCCUCAGCGCCCUCAAAGCCUGGUUUCCUGUGGACUGGACAUGCAGGUGAUGCUGUGGAACCUGCAGAAAGCUCGUCCCCUGUGGACCGUGAACCUGCAGGAGUGUGACACGGAGGAAGAGAGCUCUCAGUCAGCUGGGCAGUUCUUCAACCCGCCGCUCGCGCAUUCCCUGUCCGUCGCCUCUUGCGGCAACAUCUUCGGCUGCGGAGCUCAGGACGGUAAAGUCAGAAUAUUCCGAGUCACCGGUGUCAGGUUUGAACAUGAGCUGGAGUUCCAGGCUCACAGCCUGGGAGUCUCACAGGUGCUCUUUAUGCCAGAGGCAUACUGGUUGUUGUCUGGAGGAAACGACGGGAAGGUCUUGCUGUGGGAUAUCAGCAGCAACGUCGGGAAGCAGCAGAAAAGUCCGGCAAAAUCUCUGCACAGGAGGAAGGGCCAAGCAGCUCUUUCUGGCAGAAAAGAUGGGAAGCUCAACAAAGUGGCCUCAAAUGAACACCCUGGAGUAGUGCCAAAGCUCAGCAUUGAGCACGGAGAGAAGGUGAACUGGCUCUCGUGUGCAGAGAUCAAAGGCUCCAGGAGAGUGUUGGUUGCUGACCAGACCAGCUCGGUAUCAGCCUAUCUGUUGCCAGAACCUUAAGGCACCCAGGUGUUUACAGAAGUCUGGGGAACAAAACCACUUCUCAGAGCCAGUUACAUCCAGUGACAGUGAACUGGACAGUGAACCCCUCUGGGUCCCUGGGAAGGGAUUUGCUGUGCACUCAUGAUGUCCCUGGCCUCAUGCUGGUUCUCUGUGGCUGUUACGUUCACAGCCACUGUCUUUUGCAGGGUUGGCAGUUUGCUGCUUGAAUUUAAGUGAAACGGGUCUCUAUAUUUAGGGGUAACAUUAGUUCAUGGCUAAGCUGAUGUAAUUAAGGCUGGAGGAGAAAAUUAGUGCUGAAGAGACACCCACAAUGCUAAGUGAGGCUGCUGAGCAGUAGCAGGGCUGUCGCUGGCUCAGCUCUGUGUGGUUAGGGCUGUUGCGGUGCUCUGUGUGACUUUUCCCAUGAAGCUGUGUCCCAGUUGGCUUAAACUGGUCAUGGUGGAAUCUGGUUUUCAUCACCCUGUCAGCAGCUGCAUAGACUAGAGGUGCAUCAAUUAAUGAGUAAUCAGACGGGUUUCCCUGUGGUUGCCAACUGAACUUUUUCACUGCAGCAAAAGGAGGAGCAGGGGAGCUGUUACACCUGUUUGCUGGGUCAGCUGUCAGUUAGUUGUGUAUCCCAGGGAAUAAGGACUAUUACACUUGUCUUAAUAAAUGCUUUCUCUCUCA